AUGUCAAAAGAUAUGAAAUUUUUGAUCAUCAGUUUUAUAUUAUCCUCAUUUACAAUUAUUGUUAAUUCUUUUUCAUCAAACUACGAUGACUAUGAUAAUCAAUGUGUUUUUAGAAAUUCUCUAUGUGAUCCCAGUACUCCGCGUUCAUGUUGUGAUCAAAAAGAUGUUUGCAAACAAAUUAAUUCUCAACAUGUAUUCAAAUGCAUUGAAAAGACUGAUAUAAUAACAUUAGGACAAUUUUGUAUAACGGAUGAAGAUUGUGACAGAAUACGACAUUCGAAAUGUUCAACAGAAAAAAAGUGUAUUUGCAGAAUGAAUAACAUUGAACUAAAUCAAACAACCUGUGCGCCGAUAUUGGGUGGAUUUUGUUGGAAAAGUGAAUUAUGUGCAACAACCAAUGCUGUUUGUAUUGACAAUGAAUCUAAACUAGGAGUAUCUUGUAAACAUGAUUUCGAUUGUAAACAAAUAAUGAAUAGUCUAUGCUCCGAAGAUGAAAGAUGUGAAUGCAUAUCAAAUUAUGCAGAGUAUAAUUCUACAACAUGCGCACCACUACUUGGUGGUUAUUGUGCUACAAACAAAUUAUGUGCUCCUCUUAAUUCUGUUUGUAGCUAUAAUAUAUGUAUAUGUGAUGAUGGUUUUUCAUCAAACUCUAAUGAUAGAUGUCAACGACGAUAUUUAAGAAUAUCAUGUAUUCACGACGAUCAUUGUGUAGGCAUUAAAUAUGCGAAAUGUUCUCAAGAUAAAAAAUGCGUUUGUAAAUCUAAUUAUGUGCUUCUUGGUGACGAAAAAUGUAUAGCGCUUAUAGGUGAAUAUUGUGAUUCAGAUGAAGAAUCUGGAUUCUUGUAUCAUUGUGAUCAAGUUUCAGAUUGUGGUGAUCCAUGGCAUAAUAAAUGUUCCGUUGAUAAAAAAUGUAUUUGUAAUAAAAAUAAUGUUUUGAUAAACAAAUCAACAUGUUUGCCGCUCUUGAAGGGUUAUUGUUGGGUAGAUCACCAAUGCGUAGUUGAAAAUUCAUUUUGUACUGAUUUUCGAUGUGAAUGCCAACGUAAUUUUAUACCUGCAUCUACAAAUUUAUGCAUACCAGUUCGCGGUGUAUAG